GUAUAAACACAGGGGUAGCCCCGAUGUAUCUAUCGGAGAUAUCACCAGUGUCACUAAGAGGUCUGUGCGGCACAUUUAACCAACUUUGUAUCACAUUUGGGGUUUUCAUGUCGACUGUCAUGGGUCUAGGUAAUGUACUAGGAACUGACGAUCACUGGCAACUAGCACUAGGUUUUCCUGUUAUACUCAUAGGGUGGCAGCUUUGCUCUUUGACAUGUUGUCCGGAGAGCCCAAGAUUUCUUUUUAUACAGAGAAACUCACAGGAUGAAGCUGAAAGGGCAUUAGUAUGGUUAAGAGGUACUCAUGAUGUCAGUGACGAGAUCGAGGAGAUGAUUGCAGAAAGGGAGAAAGCAAAACAUAUAGAAAAGUUUACAAUUUGUGAUUUAUUUCACAAGGAAGAAUUACGUACACCAUUGAUUAUAUGUUUAGCUAUGCAUCUAUCGCAACAACUGGCUGGUAUAAAUGCUGUUAUAUAUUAUUCCACAAGUAUAUUUGAAACGGCCGGUUUAUCGGAGAGUGUGGCGCAGUAUGCCACCCUGGCUGUCGGUGGCGUAAAUGUUAGUAUGACGUUUGUCUCGGCACUCAUCAUGGACAAAGUGGGUCGACGUUCACUACAUCUACUGGGAUUAGGCGGAAUGUUGGUAGCCAGCUAUAUUUUAACUCUAGGACUUAUCUAUGAUGUAAGUUAUGACUGAUUUACUUUAUCAGCU